GCGAAAAACCCCUUAAACCCCACUUCUGCCUUUUUGAUGACUCUCAGUUGAAUUUCAAUGGCAAUGUCAUUCUCUGCAAAACCCUAGCUGCUCUUGCUUUGAUCGGAGGCUAACGCCAUGGACGAAGGCCUCGAAGGACCACCAAAUAGAGAACUCUAUGCACUCUUAAACUUGUCGCCGGAUGCCUCCGAUGAAGAAAUCCGAAGAGCUUAUCGUCAAUGGGCACAAGCCUAUCACCCUGAUAAAUACCAAGCUCCCCACAUGAAAGACAUUGCUACUGCAAACUUCCAACGUAUUUGUGAAGCGUAUGAAGUUUUGUCGGAUCCAAAUAAAAGGCAAAUAUAUGACAUAUAUGGCAUGGAAGGUUUGACAUCUGGCCUGGAACUUGGUUCGAAGCUGGAUAAAGCAGAAGAGAUAAAGGCUGAAUUGGAGAGACUACGGCGAAUGAAGGAGAUACAAAAGAUAUCGGCACAUUUUAGAACUUCUGGUGCAAUUCUGGCCAAUAUGUCUUUGCCACACUGUCUAAAUGGUGAUGGCAUCAUGAGAGGGAUGUCUAUGACCAGCGAAGUUCAGUCUCAAUUAUCAAAACGUAGUAGUGUUGCAAUUGGUGGCAAUUUAGCAGUUAAUGGCGAUUCAGGUGGUGGGGUUGCUACUGCCUUGUUUAGGCAUGAAAUUUCAGAAGUUUCUUCUAUAGAGUUUAUGGCUUCAGCUGGGUUGCGAGCACUAAUAGGGGUGCAAACAACACGUCAAUUAUCAGCACAUUCAUCUGCUACAAUGGGCCUUGCUAUGUCUUUGCAAGAUGGUUCAUUGAAUCUUUCUAAUUCAUGGAAUCGCCAACUGUCAGACACAGCAAGUGGACAUAUACAACUUGCUUUAGGGCCACAUUCAUCUAUAGCUGUAGGGUGGCAAAAGAAAGACGAGAAAAGAUCUGCCUCAGGAGAAGUGAAGUUUGGCACAAGUUCUUUUGAUGUAGGAGCUCAUUAUACUCAUCACUUGUCUUCUAAAUCUCAUGGCCGCAUUGCAGGCAGGAUUGGGAGUUCAACCCUUGAGAUUGAAAUUGGGGGUGGGAGGAAGUUAUCCAAAUUUAGCACUGUCCGCUGGUUGUAUACGAUAGGAAUUCAGGGUAUUAUUUGGAAAUUUGAGCUGCAUCGUGGUGGCCAAAAGUUAAUUAUCCCUAUUUUGCUGACCAGACAUUUGAACCCUGUCUUUGCGAGUGGGGCACUGAUUAUUCCAGCAUCUCUCUACUUCCUUUUGAAGAAAUUUUUAAUCAAACCCUAUUACCUUAAAAGGAAUAAGCAGAAGGCUCUAGAGAAUGCAGAGAAAACUUCUUCUCAGGUUCAAGAAGGUAGGGCCGCAGCAGAGAAAGCUCAGCAAUUACAACAAACUGUUGCUAAUAGGAAAAAAAGUAAGCAAUUAGAAACAGGCGGACUAGUUAUUACCAGAGCGCUAUAUGGAAACCACGUUAUCCUGAGCAAGAUAAAUGCAUCAAGUGCAUCAAGUCGUGAAUCAGCUUCAGAAGUUAUAGAUGUUACAAUACCUCUCAAUUUCCUUGUUAGUGAUUCUGGCCAACUCAAGCUUCACGAAGGUGUAAAAAAAUCAGGCAUCAUGGGCUUUUGUGAUCCAUGCCCAGGAGAACCUAAAAAGUUGUAUGUAGAGUACUCUUACGCUGGCAACCAAUACAAGGUCCUGGUUGAUGAUUAUGAAGAGUUAUUGAUCCCCCGCGGCGCCCACAGGAUUUGAAGAUCAACAUGUGCAUUAUAACGUAAUUUGCCUCUUGCAGUUUUCAAUGGUUUACGUGCUUGAGGUUCUUCAUCUUUCUCAUACAUUUGAGUAAAAGAGGUGCCUCUUCCAUAAUUUUUUGCCAUCGGUUGUAAAAUUAACUGAAACUCAUUUGUAAUUGAUGUCUUGAUUAUGUCGUUCUUUUGUUCAAAAAUAAUAAUGGACAGAAAAGUUGGAAGAGGAAAAGGCGUAAAUAUUGAUUUGACUUCAUAACUCAGGCAAAACUGGCUUUGCAAUGCAUUGAUGAGGAUGAAGGUGAGUGGCUGGCUCUUUCCUGGUUGGUUUUCUGUGGGAAUUGGUUGGAGGUCAUGUAGAGUUGUACCAUUUUGUCAGAACAGGGGAAGUUAAAAUUAUUGUAGUUGAUGUAACCAAAAAAAGGGGGGGGGGUAUUGUAGUUGGGAAACAAGGCUCUUUCUUGGUUAAUUUUGGGGGUUCCGUAAUUCAAUGCUUUGCCAGAAGAUAUUAUAGUAA